UUAUAGCGGGACUGCAGCGGGCAUUCUGACACUGGGUGGGAACUGGCUAGCUGCCACUGACAUCCCAAUCACACUAAUACAGUGAUCAGUGCUAAUAAAAAUGACACUGGGCAGGAAGGGGUUAGCAUCUGGGGCAAUCAAAGGGUUAACUGUGUGCGGUUUUACUGUGUGCUGUUUAACAUUAUGUGCUAUGUGUGUUUUACUUAGGAGACAUGCUGCUUUGUAUUUCUCUGCUGAGAGAGACCUGUGUUGAUUACACAUAGGUCUCUCCCCUGUCAGUUUUACACCGGUGGGGAAUCUCCGGCCAGGACCCAGUGA